CAGCAAGCAUGCCAACAGCAAGUGACAUUUACGACCCAGCUGUCCCUGACUCCCCUGCUCACUCUGCCUCAUCGCACCAGCACCAGCACCAGCAGCAGCAGCAGCAGCAGCAGCAGCAGCAGCAGCAGCAGCAGCAGCAGCAGCAGCAGCAGCAGCAGCAGCAGAAGGAGCAGCAGCAGCAGCAGCAACAGCAGCAGCAGCAGGUGCAGCAGCAGCAGCGGAUGGAGCAGCAGCAGCAGCAGCAGCAGCAGCAGCAGCAGCAGCAGGAGGUGCAGCAGCGGAUGGAGCAGCAGCAGCAACCGCAGGCAGUGCAGCAACAGCAGCCGCAGCAGGAGGGAGGGGGUGGAGGUGGCGGUUGUGGGGGCAGCGGAGCCGGCGGCGGUGGUGGCGGGGUCGAGGGUGGCAGCAGUGGUGGUGGUGGAGGCAGUGGUGGCUCAUCUGGUAGCCGUGCACCAGCACCAGCAGCAGCAGCAGCAGCAGCAGCAGCAGCAGCAGCAGCAGCAGCAGCAGCAGCAGCAGCAGCAGAAGGAGCAGCAGCAGCAGCAGCAGCAGCAACAGCAGCAGCAGCAGGUGCAGCAGCAGCAGCGGAUGGAGCAGCAGCAGCAGCAGCAGCAGCAGCAGCAGCAGUAGCAGCAGCAGCAGCAGGAGGUGCAGCAGCGGAUGGAGCAGCAGCAGCAGCAGCAGCAGCAACCGCAGGCAGUGCAGCAACAGCAGCCGCAGCAGGAGGUGCAGCAGCAGCACCAGCAGCAGCCACAGCAGCAGCAGCAGCAGCAGCAGCAGCCACUGCAGCAACCUCAUCGGCAUCGCCGCACCACCUCUCCGGUCCUUCCCUUUCAUCCUUCCCUUCCUACCCCACCUUCCAACUGUGCUUUAAUGCCUUUUCUAUUAUGCCUCUGAUCUUGUAAGCUUCAAUCAUAGUGACUCUGAGGACUGUCAACUUCUCCUAGGGCAGAUUACCCCCCAGUGCGCCAAACGCCAUAGCUCACUCGUUAAGCUACGGAAUCGAGUGAUUCAACUUUCAGUGGAAAGCUGACGCUGCCAGCGACAACAUAUCCGAUUUUCAGAUCGUUUCACCGAUUGGAGUUUUGGAUAUAGCUAUUCGAAGGUCGCGAGUUUUCUGGGCGUCAUAACGAAGUGCUGCAGAAAUUUCCAAGGAGCCAUUGAAUCAUCUGCUUAUAGCCUUCUCUAACCCACAAGUGGUAUCAGAGCCUAUUAUCACGCAUUUGGGACCUAAAAUACGAUGGGAGAUAAGGAGGACUCUGGUGGAGGUGAUACUUCAGUC